AUGGGGCCACAUCAAUCACUGUUGGAACGAUCGACUUGGAUGUCCACUCACCCCCAGUGGUCUGCUCACAGACCUUCAUGGUCAUCGACGAGGUUUCCCCCUACAACGGAAUCUUGGGCCGACCGUGGAUCAGCAAGAUCGAGGCCAUCACAUCUGCUCUACAUCAGAAAAUCCGCUAUCCCAUCCCUGGGGGCGGGAUCGGGCAGAUCAACAGUGACCAAGCCAUGGCAAGGAGAUGCACGCCCAAGGGCUCAAGAAGAGCAAGCAGCUGCAGUUCACACCAGUAAUGCAAGCUGCCAACGAGGCAGGAAGCGCUCUUAG